UGUGACUCACAGUCAUGUCCUGUUCUGCUAGGAAGAGACACACGCUCCACAACAGUUGAUGUGCAUCUGGAUCAUUACAAGCAUUGGGUGAUUUUGUUCGACCUUAUCCAGAGAAGAUUCAGUCCGCGACGGAGAGCGAAGAGGCGAAGGUUUCUUCAACACAUUAUGGCUUCUCGGAAGAAGGUGCUGCUUAAAGUGAUCAUCCUAGGGGAUUCAGGAGUUGGGAAGACAUCUUUGAUGAACCAGUAUGUAAAUAAUAAGUUUAGUAAUCAGUAUAAGGCCACUAUUGGAGCUGACUUCCUCACCAAGGAGGUGAUGGUGGACGACAGACUGGUCACUAUGCAGAUUUGGGACACAGCUGGUCAAGAACGAUUUCAGUCUCUGGGUGUGGCUUUCUACAGAGGGGCGGACUGUUGCGUGUUGGUCUAUGACGUCACAGCACCAACUACAUUUAAGACUCUGGACAGCUGGAGGGAUGAGUUUCUCAUUCAGGCCAGUCCACGUGACCCAGAGAACUUCCCUUUUGUUGUGUUAGGCAACAAAAUUGACUUGGACAACAGACAGGUUACAACAAAGCGAGCUCAAGCGUGGUGUCAGAGUAAGAACAAUAUCCCCUAUUAUGAGACCAGUGCCAAAGAAGCCAUUAACGUGGACCAGGCUUUCCAAACUAUUGCUCAUAAUGCACUAAAACAGGAGUCCGAAGUGGAGACAUAUGAUUUUCCUGACCAGAUUAAACUAAGAGAUGACAGAACUGCAUCCACUAGUGAUGGCUGCAGCUGCUGAAGGAGAAAAGAAAUAGGGCAGGGAAGAGAAAGAUCUAGUUUGGGAAAGAGAGGAAGGGAUGGAAAACAUCCAGGUCUGUCACUCUUGCGCACAUCCUUCUCUCUGCAGUUUUCUUUUCUCCUUUGAAAUAUCCAGGGUAUCAAAUGCCACAUGUGAAAGCUGAACAUCCAUUUUAUUGCUGAACCCCAAGCAACAUGUGGUAUGACUAACUGUCCAGAGAACAGGAAGACCAAUAUGUUGCAAAUCUUCUGACAAUGCAUUUAUUACAAGUCCUACUCUCACUACAGCUGGCGAUGAAUUUCCCUGACUGUCACUACUCCUGCUGUCCAUUACAUUUUAUUUUUCUUUUGUUUGGAAAUUAUCCUUUUUGUCUGCUAAUUCAUUGUGCCUUUAUACUUUUUGUUAUUCUCAGCACCUGUUUCACUCCUAUGCUGAACAAGCAUUCUUAAUAUAUGUAAUAGGGCUGGGUGAUAUUGCAAACUUUUAUGUUAUAUUUGAUAUUAUUUUGUUGCUGAUAUAAAAAUAACCAAUACUGCGCCAAUUCAUUUUUUUAAAUGUUGUGCUUUCAAUUUCGACAAAGUUUAAGCUGAAGUGUGUAACUUUUUCACUAUUAGAAUUAAAGGUCGACUGUUAGUGGAUUUUGCCGAUAGUAACUAAGGUGGUGGAAAGGGCUGACAACUUAUUAAUCGGGCGAUAGUUUUUAAAAUCAAAACGGAAUGUUACAAAAUGUUCGUCAGCACAUACAUAGAGGCCAGAGUACAAAAUUUAUAAAAUCCCAGAUGUAGUUUAUUUUUCAACCAAUAAUAAUCAGAAAACCUUUAUUUGGUGCAUAACAUGGGACUUUAACACUAAACAAGCCUAAAACACGCAUGGGGUCUCUUAUUUUGAAAUGACGGAGCCUUGGCUCUUAACAAUGCUCUAUUUUUAUAUUUAACAAAUUGAGCUUUUUAUAUUUACCUAUAUAUUAUUUCUCACAAUAUAUUAAGUUGGAGACACAAUGUAUGUGCUGACGAGGAACGUUUCCAUAUUGUAAAUUUUUCUUUGCAUGCCCUCACUUAAAUUUAAAACGCUUACAAGAUUUUUCCCAUUAACUGAUAGUUCCACAAAGCAACUAUUGGCGCCAAUAUAUUGGCCUACCUCUAGAUAGAAUACUUUCUCGUUUCUCAGCUUAAAAUGCAACUACAACUAUAAGUAAUAUAAACAUUUGUCUCUGUAGUGCUAUAUAAAAACGUUUGUUUUGAGCAACCUGUCGAGCUGGACACUUCAACAGCAUUUGAGACGGGUACAACAGAGUUUGAGUUGGGACCUUUCUGUUUGUUCGAUAAACUGCAGACGGGCAGUAUUUGGUAGUCUGUUUUUAUUUUGGCAGAUCUGUUCAGAGGAGCAUGAAUUACACACUUCAGCUUUAACUUAAGACUGUGCCAGUAGGCCUGUUUUGCUCUCGCUCAUUGUUACAGCUUGCAAGAAUAAAGUUUCUUAAUAGUGUCUCAAUUGCAAAAAUUCUGAUAGAACUGGAAAGUCCAAGCCAUUUCAGCAUAUACAUUUUUAUAACAUUCCAAUUCAGUUUAAAAGCAUUAAGGCAGUUCAAAGGACUGCCUUAACGAUUCGUUCACAUCAUCACUUCAAAUUUUUCGAAGACGCUGCAUUUAAUUUUACAUGCUUUAGAAUGUUUUAGUAAAAAAUAUGUAUGGAGGUAAUUAUUGCUGUUUAUAACUAUGUAUUGACAUGUUGAUGCAUAUAAAUGUAAAUUAUCCAUGUGCCCAUUUUGUAAAAAGUGUGGAAAACAUUCCUUGCUUAUUUUUAACUACAUUUCUACAGUAUUUUACUUCUUGCUACAAAGAUUUUGAAUCUACUUGGCAGCAAUAGCCGUUUGGUUGCAUUGACAGUUCAAUCCUCAACAACAUAAAAAAAAAAUCACUUUUCAAACCAUUUCAGAGUAAAUGAAUAUUGUCAGAAGGCUUCAAAUAUAGCUAUAUUACCCAGCCCUAGUUUGUAAUAUGUCAUGAAGGACAGACAGCCCUUUUAAAAGUGGAUAACAUUAUAUUGGCCAUUAAUUUAGUGACAUUUGGCUGUUGUAGGUCUCGCUGACAUAGAACAAAGAAUAUAGUUUAAAAUUAAUUGGACUGCAUGACUGUUUCUGCAGCAAAUUUCUUCAGAUUGUUUCUCAUUCCAACAAUGUACAGUGUCCAAGUGAUGAAGGUUUACAUAAACAGGUCAUUUUUUGCACGUAUUUCCAGUGUGGUUCAUUAGAGGUCAUGUGAGUUGCAGAACUGCCAGAUAAGUUGCUCGUAAGCAAAAGAGACGCACAUUCCAUGCUCAAUUUAGUGCUUUGAUUUGCCUUUGGUCAAUUCUGUGGUAUACUUUUAUUAAUUAAUAUAUAUCUGUAACCUACCUAAGAGCUCCACCAUUUUAUAAGCCAACACACACACACACACACACACACACACACACACACACACACACACAAACCUUGCAGUAGGUAUCACUUUAUUUUGGCCAUAUGUAAGAACGACUUGAAAACCAAAAAGAGUUCAAUAAAGGAAACAUUUACAAGCAAGCUGGCUUUGUCAAUACCUGUGCAUUUUCAAAGAUCCAUGUGCUUACUUUUAAAUAAGUAAAUAAUAAAGCUGAUCAAGAACACUUUUUAUUAAUUUGCCCAAGGGGACAUGGGUAGCUCAGCAAGUAAAGACACUGACUACCACCCAUGGAGUCACGAGUUUGACUCCAGCCAGGUCUCCUGACUUAAGCAACCAAAUUGGCCCGUUUGCUAGGGAGGGUAGAGUCACAUGGGGUAACCUCAUCGUGGUCACCAUAAUGCGUGGGGCGCAUGGCGAGUUGUGCAUGGAUGCCGAGGAGAAUAGCGUGAAGCCUCCACGCGCUAUGUCUCUGCGGAAAGGCACUCAACAAGCCACGUGAUAAGAUGCACGGAUUGACGAUCUCAGACACGGAGGCAACUAAGAUUCGUCCACCGCCACCCAGAUUGAGGCGAGUCACUACGCCACCACGAGGACUUAGAACGCAUCGGGAAUUGGGCAUUCCAUAUUGGGGAGAAAAGGGGAGGAACAUUUUUUUUCUUUUAUGUAAUAAUUUGCACAGCAUAUUAACAGAGUUGCAGUAAAAUCACCACCAGUUUCCUCUUAUGGAAAAGCUAUGGUAUGCAUUGUGGCUCCUUGCCUUGUGAGAGUUCACCUCAGUCUGUAAUGUAAAGGAGACUUCUGGCUUUUUUCUUUCUAACAGUCCAUAUUAAAUACAUCCUACUCCCACAUACAUGGCUGAUUGGUAGGGGUAGUCCACUGGAGUCAGAGU